AUGUCAUCUGAAGAAAGGCUCUCUAUCUUUCCUACAAGGGGUGCCUUGGUAACGUUAAAAUCUAGAAGAACUGCUACUAUACGAGGUCACCAACUGUUAAGGCAGAAAAAAACAGCUUUGCAGUUACACUAUCAAUCAAUUUUAGCUAAAUUGAGUGAAUUGAAGACAGUAAUGAGCAAAGCAUUGAGUGAAUCAUUAAUAUCUCUCGCCAAAGUACGUUUCGUAACAGUUGAUUUAAGUGCAAUGAUUUUGGAAAAUGUUGCGACAGAUGCUUUAAUCAAAAUUAGUACGGCAGAUGAAAAUAUCGGAGGUGUGAAAAUUAAAGUGUUUAAAAGUUACCAAGACAAAUUAGUAAACGAUGUAUACAAGUUUGCUGGCUUAUCUAGAGGUGGCCAAGAGCUUGGAAUAGCUAAGACUAAUUUUUCCAACCUGAUAAAAUUGUUAGUUGAUAUUGCUGGGCUACAAGUUAGUUUCGUUACUUUAGACGAGGCAUUGAGAGUAACGAGCAAAAGAAUAGCGGCUAUAGAACACGUGGUGAUACCAAGAAUUGAUAAUACUUUGACCUACAUCAUUUCGGAACUUGAUGAAAUGGAUCGAGAGGAUUUUUAUAGAAUAAAAAAACUCAAAUUAAAAAAAUUGGAAAAAUUUAAGCAAGAUGAUAAACGAGAUCACAAAGAUGACGUCGAGGCGGACAUUAUUCAACCACCUCCGCUACGUAAAUUUUCCAAGCAGGACAACCCCAAGAAAAAAUGUAAUUGCUGCAGCAAUCGCCGAAGAGAUCCAAAAAACUGAUAUCAGUUACAUAAAACAUUUUUUUAAAGAAACAAACGAGCAUUCAUUCACACAUACA